AAUGCAACGUGUCUCCUUUUAGGCCUUUUCAUGAAUAUAGACUCCGCCAUUUUGAGAAACUGCCCAAAUAAAAUACAAGAAGUGUUUGAGGAAGAGAAAUCUCAGGGUGGAUUGUGCGUGAGAGACAGAGAAAAGGAGUGAGAACAGGGGGGAUAUCACAGAAAUAUACAUUGCGCUUAAACAGACGAGGUUUGAAGAGGUUGGUGAGCGAAUUUCAGGAAGUCCACACGCGAUUGUGCUUCAAAUUUAAAUUAAUACAUUUCUCCAAUUUCGCAACAGUAGUAACUGUGAUGGAGAAAAGCAUUGUGAGUGACUGCUCUCCUGCUACUGGUAGUCAGGAUUUUGAUGUUUUCAGUGCUAUGGAUUGGAAGGAUGGAAUAGCUACACUUCCAGGGAGUGAUUUAAAGUUCAGAAUAAAUGAGUUUGGUGCAUUGGAGAUCAUCACAGAUGAAACAGAAGUGGAUAGGAUAAAAAAGGCAACUGCAACAACAACAUGGAAUGUGCCCACUGCACAGGAAGUUUUAUCUAGAAAUUCCAUUCCAUCAAACAUGGAGGAGCCACCCAGUAUGGAGGGCAUACUUUGCUGUGAGAAUUGCGGUCAUUAUGGGAUGACUGAGGAGUUUAGUCAUGGAAGUAAAUUUUGCAGUGAACGGUGUACGCAGCAAGCAAAGGACAAGGUAUCUAUGUCAAAAAAGGAACUACCAGCAUACAACAGCGAAGAGGUUUCUAAAUACAAUCGAAAAAAAAGACAAAAGCCAGCCCUGUCUUUAAAAGGAGAUAUUAAAGAAAAUGGUGUGAUGUUGAAGGAAGAGGAGGAAGACAUUCUCAUCAAAGACCAGGGAUACAACAUGAGAUAUUCCCGGAGAAACUCAGUGAGUUGUCGGGGAGUUCUGCCAUCUACCAAAUGUGAUGAGAAACCGGGAGAGCUGAAGAUGCUCAAAGUAACACAGAACAACCAAGCUCGUGCUCGGAGAAAAAGAAAAUGUGACUCUGGAUUAUUAAAACAAACUUUAACGUUUGGAGGAAAGAGAAAAAACUGGUGUUGGGCUUCUUAUUUGGAAGAGGAGAAAUCUGUGGCGGCACCUACUAAGCUUUUUAGAGAGUAUCAAUCAUUUCCACAGAGCAAAAAUGGAUUUAAAGUUGGAAUGAAACUUGAAGGGGUUGACCCAGAACAUCCAUCCAUGUACUGUGUUCUUACUGUGGCUGAGGUGUGUGGCUACAGAAUAAGACUCCACUUUGAUAAAUACUCUGACUGCUAUGACUUCUGGGUGAAUGCAGACUCGCCAGAUAUUCACCCUGUGGGAUGGUGUGAGAAAACUGGACAUAAGCUUAAUCCUCUCAGAGGCUACAGAGAAGAUGAGUUUAACUGGCAUUCAUACUUAAAGAUGUGCAAGGCUCAAGCGGUGCCAAAGUCUCUAUUUGAAAACCAAAACACGACAAUUACCCCUUUGGGCUUUCGAUUGGGUAUGAAACUGGAAGCUGUUGAUAAAAAGAAUCCAGAAUUUAUUUGUGUGGCAACAGUAUCCGACAUGGUUGAUAACCGGUUCCUGGUGCAUUUUGACAACUGGGAUGAAAGUUAUGACUACUGGUGCGAUGCCACAAAUCCUUACAUUCACCCAGUUGGAUGGUGCCAGCAGCAUGGGAAAAUCCUCACAACCCCUCCAGAUUAUCAUGACCCAAAACAUUUUUCAUGGGAGAAAUACUUAGAAGAAACAAACUCUCUACCUGCACCUGCACGGGCUUUUAAAUCUCGGCCCGCACAUGGAUUUCUCCCAUACAUGAAAUUUGAGGUGGUUGACAAACGGAAUCCAAUGCUUAUCAGAGUAGCAUCAGUCAUAGACACAGAUGAUCACCGAGUAAUGAUACAUUUUGAUGGAUGGAACCAUGAUUAUGAUUACUGGAUUGAUGCCGACAGUGCUGAUAUCCAUCCUGCGGGCUGGUGCGCUAAAACUGGUCACCCUCUUCAGCCACCCAUCAGCCCAUUGGAUCUGGUGGAAGCUUCAGAACAAGGAGGAUGUCCUACUCCUGGCUGUAAAGGCAUUGGCCACAUUAAAGGAGUGAAACAUUCUGGCCAUCACAGUGCUUUAGGUUGCCCAUACUCUGAGAUCAACCUCAACAGAGAAAAUGUGCUACAGGAUCGAUUGAAUGGAGAAAUGCCCGUCUCCAGUCCUGGUAUACCAAGGAACAAGAAGGUCGAAGCAGAUGCAACAGAAACAAUUCCUUGUUCAUCAACCAUCACAUCUCAAGGAAAUUGCUCGAAGGACAGUUGGCUCUCAGAAGUAGCUGUUCAAGGAAAACGAAGUGCUGAGGAUUCUGUCUCUGAUGAAGAAUCGCCAUGCAAAAAACCUCUCAUGUUUGCUAACAAAGGAAGAAAAUGUCCCAGAGCGGGUAGACCAUUGAAGCAUCCAAAGUUAAAGGAGGAGGAUGACAUUGCCAAUAAAGUUAACUGUCAAAAUGAAAACAAGGAAAAUGAUGAUUUCAGCCUGCAGCAAGCAUUGCACCAGUCAGUGUUUAUGUCCUCCGCGUGCCCAGUGCCCAGUCCACCUCUCUGCUGGGAACAACACAGCAAACUAUUACCUGGAGUUGCUGGCAUCACUGCCAGAAAAGUAGCAAAGUGGACAAUUGAUGAGGUAUCUGAAUUUAUACUGAGUUUGCCAGGUUGUGAAGAACAAGCCAAAGCUUUUAAGCAUGAGCAAAUUGAUGGAGAAGCAUUUCUACUACUGACUCAGACAGAUAUUGUGAAGAUAAUGAGCAUUAAACUAGGACCUGCUCUGAAAAUCUACAACUCGAUCCUCAUGUUCAAAACUGCAGAGGAAAAUGGACAAAAUGAGCUUUGAAACUGAAGGUACAGCACCACAGCUGUCGAUCACCUGUUUCUUAAUUAAACCUCAUCUUUAAUUCAAAGCACAAGAACUCUAUAUUAGAAUGGACUUCCAAAACAGUACUACUGGAAUAUUUACUGUUGACUCAGCAGACUCAUUUAGAGUGUUUGUAUGUUCAGCAGUUCUAAAAAUUGAGCUCAUCUCCCAUCCAUUUCCUCAGGACUUAAUUAUGCAAAUACCUGCCCAAGUGAUUGACCUUUGAAUUGUAUAUUUAAUAUGGCUGAAGGGUUUCUUCCAAGAACUGGACAUUUAAUGUAUCAGACACUAAAAUGGAUUAAUUGUGUUCUUUUUUUAACUUUUAUUUGCGGUGGAAUUAUUUGGUUGUGUAUAGAAUUGUUUGAUAAAUCACAGAAAUAUCUGAUAAUGUAACAUUUCAUUUACCAAAGUAAUGAAAUAUACAUAAGGAUAUAUAUUUUCAAAAGUGAGCAUAGCUGAAUUUAAUUUAACUCUUUGAUUGUAUGUAUCUUAAUUUAAUAUGCAAAGUUUUCAGGAAGUUUUAAUUACGACAAACGCAAUUGACUUUCUCAGCUUUAAUUAAAACGUUUUUUUUGUUUA